AUGCGGGAUAGUUCAAGGCUGUGCAUAAAAGAGAGGGGUCACAUAUUGGAGGUGCUAUACUACUCUAUUGUCCCUGCAGCAGGAAUGGACGAUACCAUUUCUAAGAAGAAUGAUGACGAGAAUGUCUCUUUGCCGGACUCAACCUGCAUAACGCGUGGUCUGAAAGCUUUAUGGAACGUUCUCUCCUCGUUAAAAAUCAGUCUUGUUCAACUCUUGUUGGCACUCUCUGAGCGUGUCUUAAAAGGGAGGCCUGUCCAGUUGGUGACGCAGAUGUCCACAAAUCUUGUCUCUGCUUUUGAAACUCUAUCCAUUAAGCGCAAAGAUGAAAAGGAUGAGGAAACAGAUGAGGAGAGAGGAUAUUCGACAGUGGAAAUUCCUCCAACAUGUGACGAACUAGAAAUUCCCUCGGUCGCCGAAUUAUACUCAGCAGGAGUAACAUUCCGUCCAACCGAGGGAGACCUUACCACAAUUCGCUUCGACAAGACCAGUGCAACUCUUUAUCUUCCGAAAUUGAGGUUGGAUUCCAACACAGAAGUAGUUCUCAGAAAUCUGCUGGCUUUCGAAACUUCGGCGGCUCCUGGCGCUUUGAUCUUCACUCGCUACACUGAUUUCAUGAACGGCAUCAUCGACACAGUCGAAGAUGUUCGGCUGCUGCGAAAGAGCGGUAUUAUCUACAAUCACCUGGCAGACGACGGAAAAGUCGCAAGCCUGUGGAACGGCAUGGGUAAAUGCGUCCAAUUGACGCGAGUUAAAUAUUUGGACCAAGUUAUAGCGGAUGUGAACAGGCAUUAUAAUAACAGAUGGAGCGUUGCUGCGAAGAAGUAUGUAAACAAAUACAUAUUUCGUUCAUGGCAGCUCCUCACUGUGUUGGCCGCGGGGAUACUUCUGCUUCUGACUUGCUUCCAGGCUUUUUGUUCUGUGUAUGACUGUAAGCGUUGGUGGAGCGACAGUAAUAUUUUGCAGGACUAA